AUGUCGAUUAGCGAAGAAUCACUGACAAAGAUGUCUGAAUAUGAGAUGUCUCAGACUUACACACAAGAAGAGGAAAUGGACGAUGGACAGGAAGAAUGGUUGAGCGAGGGACUGCUCACUGAUGAUGAUGGUACCACUGCUAUGGAGCAAGACCACAGCGACAGUGUCCUAGGUAACACUAGUCAAUCAAGCACCAGUCAAGACAAUACUAACCCUACGACCCAGGAGACAAGCACUAAAAUUGAUCAUUCUACUAUAGAACAAGAGUUGAACAGCAUGGACAGUGCUCACAAGGAUGAUCUUGCAGAUGAGCUGGACACUUUCUUAAUUAGGAAGAAAGACGGGAGUGUAUUAAAGAGUGUUGCCCCUCUGGAAGAAUCAGACGGCAACGACACAGACGAUCUACUGAGAAUGUUGGAAGACGACGAUAAGACUAAGAAGAAAGUGAAAACCAAAGUUAUUACGAAAGAGAAGGAUACUAAAAAAGAAGAGUCAGACGCGUCCAGCGAUAACGAAGAUGAUGAUUUUGUUUAUGAGAAUAUGUCUGUGAAGAAGCUUCGUGUUGCGAAGAAUGUUCUGAUGAGGAAGCAACCCGCCUCUAAAGCUGUUCCCGAAGACUCCACUGAUGCUGAAACUGAUGCUGAAUCACCAGACGAGGAAGUUCCCACCAAGAGGAUACUUCGGGCUCGCAAAACGGUCAAUUUCGCUGCGAAAAGCACUACCAAACCUCCUAAUGCCUCAGCGGCUCCGAAAAAAAUUGAAAACCCUAGAACUCCCUCCAUUACCCCCUCCAGAACUCCUGUUAGGACCCCCUCUAGAACCCUACCUAAGGUCAUCAAUAAUACCCUACCAGCUCCAGCUAAAAAUCCAAUUCUCCUCAAAGCUAUGUCUACAUCAACUACACAGAACCCCAAGAAGCUUUUGCUUACUAUAGGCAGUGAUAUGAGUGUGACGACAUCUUCAGAAGUACAACGUGCCACAUCUACUCCCUUGAGGCAGUACACCAACAAGAAAGUCCUGGCACAAUCACCGUCCAAUUCUCCUGUUGUCAAAACAUUCGACAAACCAAUGGUCAAACCUGUCGCCAAACCAAUUGAAAAAGUAGUUAACAAACCAAUAAUAAAACAAGUCCUUAAACCAGUAACACAACCGGUCAAACAGAGCCCCAAACAGUUUGUCAAGAAAGUUGUGAUACUAGAUGACAAGAAGCAACCGAAACAGGAGUCACAGAAGAAUGCGAAAGCUACCAUGCGGAUUGAAACCGAUGAGAUUCUUAAUGAAGAGGGAUUCCUUGAAGAAGAUGACUUCGACCUGGACGAAGAUUUUGGUGCGGAAUCUGACUCUGAAUUAGAUAAACGCGCCGUGAAACUGCGCAUAAUGAAACCUGAACAGUUUGACGAAGAGUUACUGUCAGACGGUGACACCUUAUCAUUCAACGACAGUAUGUAUGACGAGUUCCCGGCAUCGGACACAGACGAUGAUGUGGAAGACUGGUUCACUUUGGACAUCAGAUCGGAAACCGCAGGCGUAUACUUGCCACUGUUGGGCGACAAAGCGUACGAGUUAUUAAUAGAAGAGAAGAAACGAGUCACUAAUCGCAUCGAGACAUUGAAACAGAGUAUUAGCUCGUUGACGAGUAAUGCCCGUACGCAGGCUAACAACAUUAGAAUAGCCAAUGCCGCCAUCGCCGAAAUAGAGGAUAAGAUGAAAACUUGUUGA